GAAUUCCCUCCCUGCUUCACCUCUCCCUCGCUGCUCGCUCGCUCUCCCUCCCACCCACCUUGCCCUCUCACUCGCCGGGCCCUGCCCCUCAAGUUUUUUCCUUCAACUAGUUUCUGCUCCUUUUCCCUUCCUCCCUCUCCUCGUGUUGACCUGACUCCCCUCCAACCAUGGUGAAGUACCGGUUCCACCAGUACCAUGUCGUGGGGCGCAUGAACCCGAGCCCCAACGACCCCACGCCCAAGAUCUACCGCAUGAAGCUCUGGGCCAUCGACCAAGUGCGCGCCAAGAGCAAGUUCUGGUACUUCCUGAGCCAGCUGCGUAGAGUGAAGAAGGCCCACGGUCAAGUGCUAGCGAUCAAUGAGAUCUUUGAGAAGAACCCGACGGUGGUAAAGAACUAUGGCAUGUGGGUGCGGUACCAGAGCCGCACGGGGUACCACAACAUGUACAAGGAGUACCGCGACACCACGCUCAACGGCGCCGUGCAGCAGAUGUACGACGAGAUGGCGUCCCGCCACCGCGUGCGCUUCCACGGCAUCCAGAUCAUCAAGACAGCGCUGGUGCCGGACGACAAGGUGAAGCGCGUCAACACCCUGCAGUUCAUCGGCGACAAGAUCCGCUUCCCCCUGCCCAACCGCUCCGUGCGUGCCUCGUCCCGCAGCCUCAAGACCACCUACAAGGCCUCGCGCCCCAACACAUUUGUGUAAACGUGCUCGAAUCUGGCGUAUACAUUGGAUGUGUGGGGUGGGGUGGUGCUUACAAGGGUUGAGAUGAGGGAGGAGGGGUAUCAGUGCUCUUUGUGCUGUAUUGUCUGUGCCCUUAUUCUCUCAUGUAUGUGGCCCAGUAGUGCAACGGAUGUCAUUCUCUCCCGUCGUUAGCCAUUAGUCCCGUUACUUACCCUGCAUGGUAGCACGUAAUAGCGGAAGCAACAAUUUAAUUCCAAACGAAGGCCUAGUACUCUACAAGUCUGUUUUGUAACGUUGACACUGUCAACUUGACAGCUCACAGAAAUUCUAGAUAUUUGCACAGU